AUGGCAAACCCAGGUCAUCACCAUCAGUGUGUUGAUUUCCUGACUAACCUCCCUAAUGACCUCAUGGAGGAUAUUAUGAUGAGGGUAGAUCUUUCUACUGUUGGAAGAGCACGUUGCGUUGAGAGGUCCUGGAAAGCUAUAUGGCCAGACAUUGGUUUUCGUGAUCGUUUUUGCAAGUUGAGAGUUUCAAAUGGUCCAUCGUCCCUGUUGUUCAUAAGUCAGCAAAAUAUGUACACCUCUCAUUUUCCACAGAGAAUGAAGUUUGUCGGUGCCAACACAGUUGAUGACACUGCUGAUAUCUAUUGUAAGUCGAAUCUCCUUUCUGUACACCCGUGGUUUGUGCAGGAGGUGCUUCCAAUUACCUGCAAUUUGGUGUGCAUGAAGUUGCAUUCUCAACUCAUCAUUUUGAAUCCUCAGACCGGUCAGCAACGCAUGAUUGCUGGACCAUUUCGUCCAUCAUUUGUGAACCAUUAUUGGAAUGCCACUUUUGAUUUCGUUGAAUCUAUGGGCAUAUACUGCAUUAUUGCUUUACGGCAAUUACCAAAUGGAAGAAUACAUGCCAAGUAUUUGUCAUGGAUGCCAUAUCAAUCCCUCAAUAGGGUUGUUUUUGAGUCCUGGCAACUUAUGAAUUGCUUAUGUCCCCGUGUUAUUAUGCCUGUUGGCCUAUUUGUUGGCGACACGGUGUAUUGGUGCAUAAACAAAGUCAUCCAUUGGCUAAUUGAUCAGAUUAGUAGAAGGGAACUCCUAAUAGCUUUCAGCUGUUCAUCACAAACAUUCAACAUUAUCCAAGCUCCGAACGAUGAACAUUGGAAGACGUAUCGUUAUGGUUUCUACAAUAGCACUAAGCUAUUGAAUUUGCAGGGGAAACUGUGCGUUGUUGAUGAAGAAUUUAUAUGUUUGACUGAUUGUUUCAAGUGUGGGAAUGGACAAAUGAUGGUGACGGGAACUUGCGCUAUCAUUAGCGUAAGCUACAUUUUGUGA